AAGCACUACACAGUCUUCAAAAUGAAGUCUCUGCUGUUCCUCCUGGUCGUCGUGAGUGCCCUGUCGUCGUCGAGCGCCGGUCACUUCAAGAAGUUCGGUGGCGGAGGCUUUUCUGGUGGCCACCGCCCGCUCGCCCUCUACCCGACGGUCGCCCUGCCCAUCUACGGCGGCCACGGCGGGUAUGGCGGUUACGGAAGCGGGUAUAGUGGCUACGGAAGCGGAUAUGGUGGUUAUGGGUAUAGUGGGUAUGGUAGUAGCUACGGCGGUUAUGGUGGUAGCUACGGCGGUUAUGGCUGGUGAAGUCUGAGAAGGGUGAACCGCAGCAGACAACGGAAAUGAUAUUGGAAUAUGCAAAAUAAACGGAGAAAUGAA